AUGGGAAGCCGUCGAGACCAGAAGAUCUCGCGCUCAAUCGUCUUUGCUAUCCAACAAGACGACGAGGCAGAGAAGCGGGUCAGACUAUGGCGUCCUAUCAAGACCUUCUUCGCUCUGUACGGCCUGCUCUUGAUCAGACUUCGCCCCGAGUUGUUCAAGAGGCUCAGAAAUAGGACAUGGCUUCUGUCAGACGAUGAGUAUCGGGCUAGCUUCAGGGACAGGGCCUCGCUCGUGUCGAAGGGUGACAUGGGCUAUUCGGGAUCGACAUUCUUCAAUACGACAGAUAACAGAUUCCUCAUCAAAUCCAUCCCUCGUCACUUCGAGCACACCUUCUUCCGAGACGAACUGCUCGAGCCUUAUGUGUCACACAUGGAGUCCCACCCCAAGUCGCUCCUCGUCCGCAUCACCGACUUCCUUGGGUGGCGUUACCCGAGCAUCGGUGGCCUCCUUAGGAUUACCCCGACUUACCAUCUCGUCAUGGAGAACCUGUUGCACGGCCAGAAGGAAGAUUCCAAGUGGCAGACCUUUGAUCUGAAGCCAAUGUCGUAUUUCUUCCCGGAGCGCGACAUUGCUGGCGGCAAACUCGCCUCGGAGGCCACCAAGUCCAAACUCGCCGACAAGUUCGACGACAAGAUCCUGUUGAGUCGCGAACAGGCCGAUGAAUUCUUCCAACUCCUCGAACACGACACGGAACUCCUGGCCACGCACAACGCGGUCGACUACAGCCUGAUGCUGGUGAGGAUCCCCAAGUCGUCGGUGGAGAUCGACGCGAGCCAGAACCCUUUCAACGACCCGCCGAACUGGCGGACGGGCGUGCCCAGCCAGGACGACAAGUGGCUGUUCCGCGCCGUGAUUCUCGACUUUUUCUGGGCCAAGCACAAAGUCCACGCGAAGACCAUGACGAUGCUGAUCAACGCGUGGAGGAUGAUUGACGACAAGGGCCCCAUGAGCAUCACCACCACGGCGCCCGAGUACCGCGAGAGGUUCUUGAAGAUGUGCAGGGAAAUCGUCAGGGUGCAGGAGGAAGUGGCAGAAUAG